GAUGCCAACCCCUUAUAUUUUUAUUUUAUCAAGUUAACCUUGUUGAGUCCUUAGAUUUCUCUAUUACUUAAAGCAAAGACUAUUUUCCUUUAAACUUAAGAGACAAUUUCCUUAUAUAUUAAGAGCCAAUUCAAUAAGAAUAUUUCUUUUUAUUAAUAAGUUUUUGGAGCCUUAAUUAAAGAUUAAAAAUAAUUCCUUAUAAAAAACUAUUAGAGAGCCUUCGACAGAAUUCAUAUUAAUAAUGCAGAUACUUAUUUGUUAUUUAAGUGCUUUUUUUGACUACUUGAGAAUCCCUAUAUAUUCUAGAAUAAUGAUUUGAAGUGCCAUCCUUAAUCUCUUAAGACCCAAUAAAGACCAAUUAAGACCCUGUUUUCUAAUAUAAAAUUCUUAACUAUCCUUUGACGAAAUUGCCUUUUAAAUCUGUUUUAAGAUCACUAUUAUAAAUU